AUGCUGUCCCGCAGCCUGGCCCCGACCCCCAGCCAGGCCGCGGCCCCCGGCCUGACGCUGUCCCCCAGCCUGGCCCCGGCCCCCAGCCUGAUGCUGCCCCCCAGCCUGAUGCUGUCCCCCAGCCUGACGCUGUCCCCCAGCCUGACGCUGUCCCCCAGCCUGGCCCCGUCCCCCAGCCUGAUGCUGUCCCCCAGCCGGAUGCUGUCCCGCAGCCUGGCCCCGACCCCCAGCCAGGCCCCGGCCCCCGGCCUGACGCUGUCCCCCAGCCUGGCCCCGGCCCCCAGCCUGAUGCUGCCCCCCAGUCUGACGCUGUCCCCCAGCCUGGCCCCGGCCCCCAGCCUGGCCCGGGCCCCCGGCAUUUUCCCUAGCCUCCUGCGGAAGGUUCAACUGCUGCCCACUGGGAUCACAGAGAAAUUUCACGAGGGCUCCACGCUAAGCCAGGGGCAGGGGCGUCUCUCGGGUGCCCAGCCCGGGCACUGUGGAGGGGGCUCGGCGGCGGGCCGCGCUGAGCUUGGGAUGCCCGGGCUCCCGGUCCAUUUGCGGGCAGGCCGACCCCGCGCCCAGCUUCCGGGACGCAGGGGUGCGGGCGCGUCCGCGGGAGCGCAGACUCGGGGGCCCCGUAGGUUGGGCGCGGGUGGGAGGUGUGCGGACGGCGGUGACGGGGAGAGAUCGCGGGGCCGGAGGAGGAGGGCGGGCGGGGCGCGCAGGGGCGCGGGCUGGGUGGCAGAGGGCGGGCAAGGGCAGUGGCCAGGAGCGGCGGGCGGGGCCGGCUGUGUCUCCGCGAUGCCCGAGGGCCAGGUCGCGCUCGCCUCAACCCCAGCACCCGGCAUGGCCACCUCGCCCGCGGGGGCCCCAGGGGCCCCGACGCCUCCCCCGCCCCCCGCGUCCCUGGGGUCCCCGACGCCUCCCCCGCCCCCGGGACCCCGCGCGCCCCGCGCGCCCUCCGCGUCCCCGGGGGCCCCAAAACCGCCUGCGCCCUCCGCGUCCCGGGAAUCCCCGGCGCCCUCCGCGCCCCCCACACGCCCGGGGUUCCCCGCGCCCCCCGCGCCGCCCGGCCUCCGGCGGGGCCCCGCGCGCGCCGGCGUCCCGCAGAAGCUGGCCGAGGCGCUGAGCAGCCAGUACGGGCUGAACGUGUUCGUGGCGGGGCUGCUGUGCCUGUUCGCCCUGGCGGUGCACGCGGCGGGCGUGGGCCAGCGGGACCUGCUCUGCCUGCUCUCGGCGCUCAUGGCGCUGCAGCUGCUCUGGAUGCUGUGGUACGUGGGGCGCAGCUACGCCCAGCGCCGCCUCAUCCGUCCCAAGGACCGGCACGCCGGGGCGCGCUGGCUCCGCGGUACCAUCACGCUGUUUGCGGCUCUCACUGUCAUCCUGGGACUCUUCAAAAUCGGAUACUUCAUUGGGUUUUCGGAGUGUCUGUCCGCCACGGAGGGAGUCUUCCCUGUGACACACUCGGUCCACACUCUGUUACAGGUAUAUUUUCUUUGGGGACAUGCAAAGGACAUUAUCCAAUCUUUCAAAACUCUGGAAAGGUUUGGGGUGAUCCACUCCGUGUUCACCAACCUGCUGCUGUGGGCCAACAGCGUGCUGAACGAGUCCAAGCACCAGCUGAACGAGCACAAGGCGCGUCUGAUCACGCUGGGCUUCGGUAAUAUCACCAUAGUUCUGGAUGACCACAGCCCCCAGUGCAACUGCACGCCCCCCGGCCUCUGCUCUGCCAUCGCCCACGGCAUCUAUUACCUGUACCCCUUCAACAUCGAGUACCAGAUCCUGGCCUCCACCAUGCUCUAUGUCCUGUGGAAGAACAUCGGCCGCGAGGUGGACGGUGCCCAGCACCGCAGGGUGCGGUUCAGGUUCAAUGGGGUCCUGCCGGGCUCAGCGCUGGGCCUGGCCGUGCUGGCCGCCACCAUCGGCAUCGUGGCCGUCUACCUGGUCCACAUCGGGCGCUCCAAGAGCAAGAGCGAGUCGGCACUCACCAUGUUCUACCUGUACGCCAGCGCCCUGCUGCUGCUCAUGGCGGCCGCUGGCCUGGUGGGCAUCGGGAUUUACAGGCUGGACGAGAAGUCGCUGGACGAGUCCAAAAGCCCAGCUCGCAAGCUGGAUACCGACCUGCUGGUGGGCACCGCCUCAGGCUCCUGGCUCAUCUCCUGGGGCUCCAUCUUGGCCUUUGUCUGUGCUGAGACCUGCCCGCCCUACACCUGGUACAACCUGCCCUACGCCACGCUGGUGAUCCUGGAGAAGUACAUCCAGAACCUGUUCAUCAUCGAGUCGGUCCACCGCGAGCCCGAGGGCCGCGCCGAGGACAUCCGCACCCUCCGGGUGGUCACCGUCUGCAGUGGGGACGCCCCGGCCCCGGUCCCCAGCCCGGCAGGGGAGGCCAUGCCCCCGGGUGGGGACACGCCACAGACUACCAAUGGGAGCCUGUGUCUGCACCCCCGCUGCGGCAAAGAGGAGCAGGAGAGGAGAUGGGAGGGGGCCCCGGGCCCGGCCUGCCACCCCUGGCUCCUGCAGGGCCACUCCAAGAGAAGGGCCCUCAGGAAUAUCACAGCCUUCCUCUUCUUUGGCAACAUUUCGCUGUGGAUCCCCCCUGCCUUUGGCUGUCGCCCCGAGUACGACAAUGGGCUGGAAGAGAUCGUCUUCGGCUUUGAGCCCUGGAUCAUUGUGGUCAACCUGGCCAUGCCUUUCUCUAUCUUCUACCGAAUGCACGCAGCUGCCUCCCUCUUUGAGGUCUAUUGUAAGAUAUAGUCUGGCUCCACACAAUUGGAGAAGGCGCCAGGGCCACCGGCUGGGCAAAUAUUGUCUGACAAAUGCAGGCUGGUCGGCCAUUGUCUGCUCCAUUGUCCCCUUCUGAGGGCUGGAAUCGCCCAUCACUUCCGGGGAGGGCCAACAUCCAACUCACAAGGGCGGGAAUCUCUUCUUUGUUCAGUUUAAUCAAACCCACGU